CUCCAUGUGGGGUCCGGCCGGGCUCUCGGCCUCUCCUCCUCCUCCUCUUCCUCCUCCUCCUCCUCCUCCUCCUUCUACUAUGGCCCGGAAAACAGUUAGCAGGAAGCGGAAAGCGGCGGCGGGUGCCGCCGCGGGGCCCGAUGCUUCUUUUCCACAGUAUGGGUGGGAUCACUCAGUUCACAAAAGGAAAAGACUCUCCCCGGUGAAAAGGUCUCUGGUGUACUACCUGAAAGGUAGAGAGGUCCGGAUGCAGAAUGAGUCCAGCUAUCACCGCUUGUUGCACGGAUACGCAGCCCAGCAGCUUCCCAGCCUCCUGAAGGAGAGAGAAUUUCACCUCGGAACCCUUAAUAAAGUGUUUGCCUCCCAGUGGCUGAACCACCGACAAGUGGUGUGUGGGACAAAAUGCAACACAUUAUUUGUGGUAGAUGUCCAGACUGGUCAAAUUACCAAGAUUCCUAUUCUGAAAGAUCGUGAACCUGGCAUGGUGAACCAGCAGGGAUGUGGUAUUCAUGCCAUUGAGCUCAACCCCUCGAGGACCCUUCUGGCCACAGGUGGAGACAACCCCAACAGUCUUGCAAUUUAUCGUCUGCCUACACUCGAUCCUGUCUGUGUGGGAGAUGAUGGGCAUAAGGACUGGAUAUUUUCAAUUGCAUGGAUCAGUGAUACUAUGGCUGUUUCUGGUUCCCGGGAUGGUUCGAUGGGUCUCUGGGAAGUCACAGAGGAUGUGUUGUCCAAAAGCGAUGCCAGGCAUAAUCUCUCUCAAGUUCCUGUCUAUGCCCACAUAACACACAGGGCUCUGAAGGAUAUCCCCAAGGAGAACACGAAUCCUGACAACUGCAAAGUCCGAGCAUUGGCUUUCAACAAUAAGAACAAGGAGCUGGGAGCUGUGUCCCUAGAUGGGUAUUUUCAUCUUUGGAAAGCAGAGCACACACUAUCAAAGUUACUUUCCACAAAGUUGCCAUACUGCAGGGAGAAUGUGUGUUUGGCUUAUGGUCAGGAGUGGUCAGUGUAUGCAGUAGGAUCACAGGCACAUGUCUCCUUUCUGGAUCCCAGGCAGCCUUCUCACAAUGUUAAAUCCGUCUGCUCCAAAGAACGAGGCAGUGGUAUUCGAUCGGUGAGCUUCUACGAGCACAUCAUCACAGUGGGAACAGGGCAAGGUUCCUUAUUGUUUUACGAUAUCAGAGCCCAGAGGUUCCUGGAUGAAAAGCCCCCACGUGCCUGCUAUGGACAGAAGCAGAAAUUAGGAGGAAGUGAAAUUUUGAAGUUGACUACUGGGAAAGGCUGGCUGAAUCAUGAUGAAACCUGGAGGAAUUAUUUUUCUGACAUAAAUUUCUUCCCAAAUGCUGUUUACACGCACUGCUACGACUCGUCUGGAACGAAACUCUUUGUGGCAGGAGGCCCCCUUCCAUCAGGACUUCAUGGGAAUUACGCUGGUCUCUGGAGCUAAUGAUAACUCUUUAUAAACGCUGAUCUUUACACAGA